CUGUUAUGGGGAUGUGAUUGUAGGCAGCCUGAGACGCAGCCCAAACUCAUUGAAAGGAACAAGCAUGCCUCCAUCCAUCAGAUGGCCCCAGAGGUCUGGGACAUUCUGUAGAGCAUCCAUCAGAACCCAUGAGGAUUUGUCUGGACAAUCAGUACAUGAUGCACUUAACAGCUGAAGGAACCACAACCUCUGCUGCUCUCCAGAGCAACCCCAACUUAUUGCCAGAGACUUCAUGUACCUUUCAAGGCCAUUAAAAUAGGGUGAGGAGCCAAGAAGGCCCCUCUCGGCCUUAUAUAAUGACUGUUUUUAGCUUGGCUCCUCAGACAGAGAGUUCAAUAAAGGCGGAGCUCUUCCUCCUUCUUAUUACCAGGAAGCCUAGCCUGCUGUCUCCAAGCAAUCACUCUUCAAAACAGUCUUUCUAAUCAGACAGAGCUUUUUCCUUGCUAACAUGAAGCCACGCUUGGCUCACGUCUGGCUGCUUGAAGUCUGUGUUUUGCUCUGCCUCAGCUGUGGAGGUAAGUCCCACCUCCCAAUGGAAAAACAUCGUAGGCCACCAGUUCAAAUGUGCUGUAUGUCCAGCACCUAUCUUCCUAAGAACUGGUGAACCCGUAAGCUUUUUUCUUUUUAGCUCUGGCACCUACUUGGGGAUAAUGAUUGAAAGUCUAACUUUGGAAAUAACGCAGACCUGGAGAAAGGUUUAGAUGCUAUUAAGUAACAGAUCAAUACAGGCAUCAUCACCCUCCGUGCUUGGGUCAAUGUCAGGGUAUUGGCAGAGAUGAUUUCCACAGAUCCCACUAUGUCUCCUGUCCUUGUUAUCUCUGCACAGUCCCAACUUCGGAUAGUUUUUCAGUGGAAUGAUGCUCUGUUGCCAUUCUAAUGAAGUUGCUCUAGGGUUGCCAUAUGUCGGUGUCCGGGUGGAAAUCGCUAAAAAAUAGCAACCCAUGUUCGCAGUAUCGUUUUUGGCGAUUUCCCUUUAAAAUAGCUCAAAAACUUCAUUCUUAACUUUUUUUAGGUUUUUAUUUCCAAUUUUGCCCAAAAAGGUCAACAGCUUUGGCCAAAAGAAAAUAAUAAUAAUAAAAGAUCAACAUCUUUUGUGUUCGGAUUUUCACUUUUUGAAAUAUGGCAACUCUAAGCUGCUGCUUGGCACCUGCCACUCUCAGGAGGCUCACUAGAGGACCCUUUCUACAAAGUCUCUACAAUGCUGGAGCUGGCUGCACACUAAGUUGCCUGUUAUGGGGAUGUGGCAGAGGGGAGGGUCCUCCUGGUUGUAGGCAGCCUGAGACGCAGCCAAUUGCGUUCUGCGGAACUCCGUGGGGCUCAAUUUACACCUUCUGUAAGAACCCCCAAUGUCCUUUUUAGACUCAGGGCAUCUCAGCAUUUUUCGUUUUUGAAGGAAACAACGAGUUUGGUGACUUAGGCUUUCUUUCUUUUGGUGACUUUCUUUCUUUCUUCUUUUAACAGCAAAUGCCUUAAAAUGUAGUGUGUGCACUUCAGGAGGUCCAGAAGAGCCGUGUAUGCCACAUCCCCCCAAAAUACAGACAUGCUCUGAUGAUCCACGUACAGGAUACCCUGCAGCCUGCGUCUUGUACACAAUCUCAGCAAGUGAGCGAUCCUUCUCGUCUCUCUCUCCCCCUUAUUUUCAGUGCAUUUCCAUGGGUGGGUGGUGGGCAUGGCUAGCACAACUGGGUGCAGAGGGGGCCGGGGAUCUUGCAACUUCAAUAGUACAAGAACGAGAGAAGCACCUCGUUCCAAUGGAAGCUCUAAGCUACGCUAAUGCACUCUCUAUACGAAACCUGAUUGCAAGCACUCAGGAACAUGACGGAACGUAUCCCCCUGAAAAUUCUUUGAAGCAACAAUACCUGCAGGCAGUGAGAGAAACAUGAAUUUUCUAAGUUUACUUUUAAUUCUUGAGGUAUCUCAAGUCAGGGGCCAGGUUUGGCGCUCUGGCCAGUGGCAUCCCAACUGCAAUGCUUCACCUAAUACAAGGGAAGAGUUGCCAUUCAUUCUUGAGGAUAAGCAGGGGGGUUGGGUGCUAUACCUGGCAACAGUGGUGGCAAAAACCUGCCUUUCAGCACAGACCUCCAUCUCCCCAGCUGUCUCUGAUGCAAAGAGUGCAUCCUUCCAUUUCCAUCAGGCAUCUUUCACUACUUGUUAACAGUAACCCAGAUACUUUUCUUUCUCUUCCCAGCAUUUUCUGGUACUAAAAAUGUGAUGCGCUACUACAAAAAAUGUGGCUUCUAUACCAAAGUGUGUGGAACUCGAAAAGUCGAUAAGGAUUUACCGCAAGAGUAUGAGCUCAAGUGCUGUAACGACAGAGACCACUGCCUUUGAGUGCCGUCUAAGGGGGAUGCUGUAUUAAAAGAACUCCUAUGUGAACAAAUGGCUGUGCAAUUUGAGUUACGCUGCUGUGUGGGGAUGGCUAUGUGAGUGGGCUCUGUGUGUGCCCAGUGGCUACUCACAACCAUGUUAGUAGCACAUAUGGGCCUGGCUGAAGCUUCCUGGUGGUGAACAAGUAAUCGUUACAUGUAAGAGGGUUGCUGAAGUCUGGGACACUCUGUACUGCAUCAGGCUGGUUCCUCAGCUUCAGCCCAUUUGGAUUUGUCCAAACAAGCAGUAUAUUAUGCACCUAAAAAGCUCCUUGUGCCUUUCGAGCCUAGCAGGGGCAGGUACCCUGAGGAACAAAGAAGGUGCCUCUGAGCCUUAUAUAAUGAAAGUCUUGUUAACUGAAAGGAAUACACUUCCUUCCCAUGUAAGAUAGAAUCAUUUGGAAGCUGAGCUCUAGGACAUUCUGUACAGGAUUUCAGAAUCUCGGGUUGGGUCAGUCCCAGCCUCUGCCAACCUAGCAGUUUGAAAGCGCACCAAUGUAAGUAGAUAAAUAGGUACCGCUGUGGCAGGAAGGUACAGUGGUACCUCGGGUUAAGAACUUAUUUCUUUCUGGAGGUCCGUUCUUAACCUGAAACUGUUCUUAACCUGAGGUACAACUGUAGCUAAUGGAGCCUCCCACUGCCAUUGAGCCGCCACUGCACAAUAUUUGUUCUCAGCCUGAAGCAAAGUUCUUAACCCGACGUACUAUUUCUGGGUUAGCGGAGUCUGUAACCUGAAGCAUCUGUAACCUGAAGCGUCUGUAACCUGAAGCGUCUGUAACCUGAGGUAUCACUGUACAUGGCGUUUCCGUGUGCUCUGGCUUUUGUCGUGUUGUUCUGUUGCUACAGAAGCGGUUUAGUCAUGCUGGCCACAUGACCUGGAAAGCUGUCUGUGGACAAACGCCGGCUCCCUUGGCCUGAAAGUGAGAUGAGUGCCUCAACCCCAUAGUUGUCUUUGACUGGACUUAUCCGUCCACGGGUCCUUUACCUUUUACCUUUUUACUGGGGUAUCACAAGCACUUAGCACUGAUAAAAUUAAAAGCUGUAUGUUCUGGGCCUCAGAGCCAAAUCAGCUACUGAACUUGCACACCAUGCUCCUGUUUGGGUUUGCGUGGCUCAGUCAACCAGGAAAUGUGGAGCUGGGCAGAGAACCCAUUGAAAGGAACAGGCAUGCCUCCACAAAAGAUAGCAUCAGAGGACCACUGAGGUAUGGAACAUUCUGUAGAGCAUCCAGCUGAACCCACAUCCCAUUAGGAUCUGUUAAACAAUCAGGACAUAAUGCACUUAAUGGUUCAAGGAACCACCACCCACAUCUCUGCUGCUCUUCAGAGCCACCCCAGAGUCCUCUUGUACAUUUAAGCCCACUAGAAUGGGGCGAGCAGCCAAGAAGGCCCCACUCGGCCUUAUAUAAUGACAGUAUUGAGCCUCAGACGGAGAGACGUGUUGCUCAACAGAGAAAGAGCUGCCUCUUCUACGUACUGCCAGAAACCUUAUCUGCUGUCUCCAAGCAAUCACUCUUCAAAACAGUCUUUCUAAUAGGACAGAGCUUUUUCCUUGCUAACAUGAAGCCAUGCUUGGCUCAGGUCUGGCUGCUUGGAGUCUGUGUUUUGCUCUGCCUCAGCUGUGGAGGUAAGUCCCACCUGCAAAUGCAAAAACAUGAUAGGCCACCAGUUCAAAUGUGCCGUAUGCCCACCACUUAUCUUCCUAAGAACUGGUGAACCCGUAAGCUAUUUUCUUUCUCUUUUUAGCUCUGGCACCUAUUUGGGGAUAAUGAUUGAAAGGCUAAGUUUGGAAAUAACGUAGACCUGGAGAAAGAUUUUGGUGAUAUACAGGCAUCAGCACCCACUGUGUUUGGGUCAGGAUAUUGGCAGAGAUUUCCGCAGAUCCCACUAUGUCUCCUAUCCUUGUAAUCCCUGCACGGUCCCAACUUCAGAAUGUUUUUUCUGGGGAAUGAUGUUCUAUUGCAUGGGUGGGGGGGCAUAUUUCAACUUUAUUUAUUUACUUAUUAAAACAUUUGAUUUUAAAAAUUCAAAGUAAUUUGCAACAGUCAUAAGUGCAGCCUUUCUCCUCCCCAAGCAGUUCAACAACUAGUUUUGAAAAAAUGUUUGUCUCCAUAAAAUUGACAGCUUACAGUGGCAGCUGCAGACAGUGCUCCUCCUACCAUAGCUGCAGUGACACACACACACACACACACACACACACACACACACACCCCGUUGGUGAAAACUCUCUGGUGUUAACAUCUGUUGAUGUUGCUCAUCUGGCUGUUGUAGGGUUGCCAUACGUCGGAAGCAGUGUCCCAGCAGAAAUCACUAAAAAUGUCAGUGGAAAUCCAGACAUAUGGCAACCCAUGUCAGCAUUAUCGUUUUGGGCAAUUUCCCUUAAAAAUAGUUCAAAAACUUCUUUAUUCUUUUCUCUCUUUUUUGCAAUUAUGUCCCAAAAGAUAAACAAUGCUGGCUAAUAAAAAUAAGAAUAAUAGCUCUACAACUUUGGUGUCUAGAUUUUUACUUUUUGAAAUAUGGCAACUCUAAGCUGCUGCUUGGCACUUGCCACUCUCAGGAGGCUCACUAGAGGACCCUUUCUGCAAAGUCUCUACAAUGCUGGAUCUGGCUGACCCUCAGAUGCCUGUUAUGGGGAUGUGGCAGAGUGGAGGGUCCUCCUGGUUCUAGGCACAGCCAAUAACGUUCUGCGAAACUCCAUGGGGAUCAAUUUACACCUUCUGUAAGAACCACCAAUGUCCUUUUUAGACUCAGGGCAUCUCAGCAUUUUUCUUCUUUGAAGGAAACAACGGGUUUGGUGACUUAGAAGCUCAGGAAGGGACAAGACAUGUAAACAAAGAAGCAUGCCUUACAGCAGGUGCCUCCCUCCCUCCCUUCCUUCCUUUCUUCUUUUAACAGCAAAUGCCUUAAUCUGUAGCCUGUGCAGUUCAGAGGGUCCAGGACAGCCGUGUAUACAAGCUGCCCCAUAUGAAGAGAAAUGCCCUGAUGAUCCACGUACAGGACACCCUGCAGCCUGCGUCUUGUACAGAAUCACUUCAAGUGAGUGGUCCUUCUUGUCUUUCUCUCCCCCUUAUUUUCAGUGCAUUUCCAUGAGUGGCUGAUGGGGCAUGGCUAGUAUGACUGUGUGCAGAGGAGGCCGGGGAUCUUGCAACUUCAGUAGUACAAGUAGUACAAUGGAAGCUUAGAGCUUCCAUUGGGAUGAGGUCCUUCCCUGGUUGUUCAAGCACCUCGUUCCAAUGGAGCUCUAAGCUAUCCUAAUGCAGCCUCCAUACGAAACCUGAUUGCAAGCCUUCAGUCACAUGACGGUACAUAUCCCCCUGGAAAUUCUUUGAAGCAACAAUACCUGCAGGCAGUGAGAGAAGCAUGAAUUUUCUAAGUUCACUUAUAAUUCUCCAGUCAAACUCUAGCAUGCCAAGGUAUAGAUGGGAUCCUUGAUAAGUCCAUGUGAUGCAGCCCACCUGGCUGAGGUAUCUCAAGUAAGGGGCCAGGUUGGGCCCUCUGGCCAAUGGCAUCCUAAUUGCAGUGCUUCACCUAAUGCCAGGGAAGAGUUUCCAUUCAUUCUUGAGGAUAAGCAGGGGUGCUGGGUGCUAUACCUGGCAACAGUGGUAGCAAAAACCUGCCCUUCAGCACAGACCCCCGUUUCCCCAGCUGUCACUGAUGGGGACCUAGCAAGGGGUGGAUCCUGACAUUAUCACCAAGCAUCUUUCACCAGUUACUAACAGUAAACCAGAUACUUUUCUUUCUCUUCCCAUCAGAAACUGGACGUGUGUUGCGCUACUACAAAAAAUGCGGCUACUAUACCAGCGACUGCAAAACUCGAAAAGUCUACGAUGACGUACCAGAAGUGCACGAGCUCCACUGCUGUAACGACAGAGACCACUGCCUUUGAAUGCAGUCUAAGGAGGAUGGUGUAUUAAAAGAACUCCUAUGUGAACAAAUGGCUGUGCAAUUUGUGUUAGGUUGUGUUGCUGUUUGGGGAUGUCUAUGUGAGUGGGCUCUGUGUGUGCCCAGUGGCGUGCAUGGGUGCAGGGUCUCAGCAGGUGAGUGGGUGGGCUUCUCAGGUGAGCUGGGUUGUCAACAAGGUUUCCCCUGGCUGUAUGCCAUGGCUGCAUUGAGCCUGGUUCUUCAAACCAAGUGACAUCUUCCUUACUCGAGGUUCAGCUACUAUGACUACUUAUUGCCUGGUAUUUUCUGCCUAGCAACAAGUGGGUGGGACCACCUCACCACAACAAUCCUUUUGUAGAGAGCUGAUUAGCCAGAGAACGAGAGAUUGACAGAAAAAUAUUCAGGAUUCUCUCUCCAUUGAAAUUCAGUACUGGAGGUUGGGGAAAAUAGAAAGAGUGUAGUUUGGGAAUCUAGUGGAAACUUAAGAAUAAGUAGUAGUAGACCAGCCUCCACUGAACUUAGGUUUUUCAUCUGGAGAGAGGACUGCUUUCCGUUCAUCUCUUUCUGGUGAAUGAGUGAUUGGAAAAAUCCAAAAUUUUCUGCUGUGACAGAGGCCAAGCAGGAGGCUUCGAAACUCAUUUCUUCAAUUCAUUGUAAAGUGGUUUUUUACUGAAGAUUCUGGGUGAAGUCUUUUUGAGGGAAAAAGGUUCCAUUUAAUUAGUCCAGCUUACCACCCUUGGGAGCAUCUGAGGCUGUACAGAAAUGACCGUACAGAAAUCCACUCAGUGUUUGCAGGGUCAGUAGCUGUGUGAGCUCCCAGCCCAUUCACCUGGUAGCGCUGGUGAAAUAUGCCCUUUAGGUCCUUGUAAUGGUUCUAGGGGUUGCUCGUGCGUAAAUCGGCGCCACACCUGGCUGGGUUGCCUGAGUGAACCCUUUCUGUCCGGACAGCCACUCGCCCGUGGCUGUCUCAAUCGCUGGCAGAAUCCGUCAGUGGGCGUUUCUUGAACUUCUUCCAGCAAAGAAGUUCUUUGACGCCUAGUCUCCUGCCUACUCUCCCUGCGCGGAAGCCUUCUGCGCAGGGAGGGUGUGGGCAGCGGAGGACCCGUGCUCUCCCCGCUGGUCCCCGGCGAGGAGUCAUGGAGCCACCUCGCCGAUUCCCCCAUCUGCCCCCCUUCUCCACUGGUGCUACGCUGAUUUCCUUCCCCGAGAAGAUGUGCUGCUUCUCUCCCUCCCGGGACGCUCUCCGGAAUCCCUCUGGAGCCCUCCCUCUCCCCUGGCUCCGAUGGCAGUUCCCUGACAUCCACCUCCUCCCCAGGACCCCCACCACCCCCCGCGCGAUUUUACGAUAUAACCUCGUCACUUUCCUUGGCCGACGAUGCGGGGCAACCCCUGAAGGAGCUGUCACCAUCCUCUGAGGAUUCAAAACCAGCCUCCCACCCGCUCAGAUCUCUCCCCUCAGGGUGGACCUCCCAGUCUGAUUCUUCUCCCUCUGACACCUCUCCUCCCUCCUCUUCGGAGGCAGGAAAACCCACAAAGUCCCCUUCGUCGUCUGUGGUUCCAAAUUCUUCCUCCCAGAAUCUCGCUAGUGGUUUUGGCUUAUCCGGGAACAAACUGUGGAAUUCUUCCACCAGAUACCCAUCAUUGAUUGACUCAGCGGGGACCCACGUGUUUUCUGACCUGGGUUCUCCUUCCCAAGCUACCAAGUACUCCACCUGGCGACCUCGCCACCUUGAAUCGAGUAUUUCCGUGGCUUGGUUGCGGUGUUCCCUCUCCUCUACCUGCGGGUGGGUGGUGACUCCUCCCUCCCGCCCCGGAAAUUCCCGCCCCUCCAUGUACGGUGAAAGUAGGGACCUAUGGAACACCGGAUGUAUCUUCAUGCUGUCCGGCAACUUGAGUUUGAAUGCCACUGGGUUCACCUGCUGUGUUACCUCAAAAGGCCCCAGCCGCCUCGGCUGCAACUUCUUGCACCCUCCCUUUAGGGGUAACCCUUGGGUUGACAACCACACCCGGUCUCCCACCCGUAUGGCCUCCCCCUCCCGACGGUGCUUGUCCUCCUGCCUCUUGUAAACUUCCUUGGCCUGCUCCAAGUUCAUCUUGAGUUGCUGGUGCAAGGCCUCCAUUUCUUCUAUAAACUGCUCGGCCACGGGUACACUCCAUGCUUCCUCCCCCCUCCCCGGGAAGGCCCUGGGGUGACACCCAUAAUUGGCUAUAAACGGGCUCAUACCUGUGGACACAUGUUCAGCGUUAUUGUACGCAAAUUCAGCCAAGGCUAGUUUCUCUACCCAAUCGUUCUGUCUCUCACUGACGUAGCAGCAUAGGUAUUGCUGGAGUAUACUGUUCGCUCUUUCUGCUUGUCCGUUGGUUUCUGGGUGUCUCGCCGCCGAGAAGCUCACCUCGACCUGUAGCAAGCUCAUGAGCUUCCUCCAGAACCUGGAAGUAAAUUGUUUCCCGCGAUCCGAGAUAACCCUCGAGGGAGCCCCAUGCAGUCUGAAAAUGUGAUCCACAAACAACCUGGCUGUCUCCUCUGCCAUUACCGCGUGUGAGCAAGCUAUGAAAUGGCACAUUUUUGUCAGUAGAUCGACUACUACCAUGACUGCUGUCUUCCCCUUGACUUGGGCAAAUCUGUCAUAAAAUCAAUGGACACCACCUCCCAGGGCCUUCCCGGUGUAGGUAAGGGUUCCAGUAGCCCUGCGGGGGCAGCCCUCUCUCCCUUUGCCCUCUGGCAUCGGUCGCACCCCCGUACAUAUUCCCGUACGUCUUCCCUCACCUUUGGCCACCAGAACUGCCUGGUGACGAGCAGCAUGGUCUUGUGCUGUCCAAAGUGCCCAGCUGUUGGGUUGUCAUGGAGUUGUUUAAGUACCUUCCCCCUCAAGGUCUCCCCCGGUACAUACAGUGCCCCCUUAUAGUACAGUAGCCCUUCCUUUUCCUCAAACCCUCCAUGGUCUUCCCUUCCGUCCCGGAGUUCCCUGAUUUUUGCUUGAGCGAACGCGUCGUCUCUAGUAAGCCCUGCCAGUUCUCGUUUCCCAACCAACGUUCCCCCACACACCCACCGGUCCUCGGGAAACACGUGUCAGAUCUCUGGUGGUCCCUCUCCCUCCAGGUACUCCGGUUUCCGGGAGAGAGCAUCUGCUCUUAUGUUUUCCUCUCCCGGCAUGUAUCUGAUCGCGAAGGAAAACUUGGCGAACUCCUGGGCUCAUCGAAUCUGUCUCUGGUUGAGCACCCGCGCGGUCCGCCAGUAUUCCAAGUUCUUGUGGUCAGUACAAACCUGGAUCUUGUGCCGCGCCCCUAUCAACAGAUGUCUCCAUUGCCGAAACGCCGCAUAGAUCACAAGCAGUUCUCAGUCAUACACUGUGUAGUUUUGCUCUGACUUGCUCAGCUUCCUUGAGAAAAAGGCACACCGCCUCCAGUCCUGCUUGGCCCCGGGCUGCAAAAGGACCGCUCCAACAGCUCGGUCGGACGCAUCCGUCUCCAGUCUCAUGGGCUUCUCCAGAUCAACGUGCAGGAGCUGCUGUUCCGAAGCGAACGCCUUCUCCAGCCUUUCAAAGGAUUGCUGGGCACUUUCUGUCCACGCAAACUUCUUUUUGCUACUGAGACAAUCUGUUAUGGGCGCUGUCAAGUGAGCGAAGUUCUUUAUGAACUUCCUGUAGAAGUUGCUGAACCCUAAGAACCUCUGCACAUCCUUCCGAGUUUGGGGGCUUUCCAUUCCAGCACUGCCUUCACCUUGCCUGGGUCCAUAGCUAGGCCCUUGUCUGACAACUUGUACCCCAGAAACUCGACCUCCCUGGCGUGAAAUUGGCAUUUUUCCAGCUUGACCCACAACUGAUGCUUCUGCAGUCUCUGUAGCACUUCCCUGACGUCUCUGACGUGUUGCUUCUCAUUGUCCGAAUAGAUUAAGACGUCAUCCAAAAAGGCCAUGCAAUUCUUGUACAACAGGGGCCCCAACACGUGGUGCAUGAAUGCUUGAAAGCAGGCGGAGCCCGAUUGUAAUCCAAAUGGCAUAACUAAGUACUCGAAGGCCCCCAGGGGGGUGAACAUGGUAGUUUUCCAUUCGUCCCCCUCCCUUAUCCUGAUUAAAUUGUAUGCCCCUCUGAGGUCCAGCUUGGUAAAAAUCUUCCCCUGCCUCACCCGUGUUAAUAUGUCGUCAAUCCUUGGCAUUGGGAAGGUCACGGGUUCUGACACCAGGUUCAAGCCCCUAUAAUCCACGAUCAAUCUAGGCUGAUUAGUCCCUUUUUUGUCCACAAAGAACACCAGACUGCCCCCCACCGCCUUUGAUUCCCUUAUGAACCCCCUCUUCAGGUUCUUGUCAAUAAACUGCCGCAACUCCUGCAUCUCCCGGUCGGACAUGGCAUACAGCUUACCCACCGGCAACUGAGCCCCUGGGAGCAGGUUGAUUUGGCAGUCAAAGGGCCUGUGGGGGGGUGGUCUAUCUGCCUCCCUCUCGCUGAAGACUUCCUUCAGGUCAGCAUAUUCUGGUGGCACCUCCCCCUUUUGUUCCACGGCCAGCCCAGCCACUCUGGCCACCGUCAUUCUUGGGUUCUCCCCUCCCAGACAGUGUCCUAGCAAGCUGACCCAAAGGUGACUGACCGCUGAUGCCAUGACACUACGGGAUCAUGCAGUGCCAACCAGCUCAUUCCCAGUAUUAUUGGGGGUCCUGCCAGUGUGGCCACGUGAAAGGCAAUGGUCUCCGUGUGCCUGGAAACCCUCAUUCGCGAACUUUCUUUAUGUAUGCAACAACAACAGCAAGAAUACUCAUCGCAAAAUAUUGGAAGACACAAGAACUUCCCACGCUGGAGGAAUGGCAGAUGAAACUUAUGGACUAUAUGGAACUGGCGGAAAUGACUGGUAGAAUCCGUGACCAGGGAGAAGAGUCGGUGGAGGAAGAUUGGAAGAAAUUCAAAGACUAUCUUCAGAAACAUUGUAAAAUUAAAGAAUUAGAGUAAUGUUGGACUGAAAAUAAGCGGUUUCCAGCUGUACAGGUUAAAGUUAAUGACAGACUAAGAUUAAGAUUAGGAUUAAAGAUGUUUAAAGAAAUGGAAAUUUGACAAUUAAGAGGGAAAAUUUUAAUGUUAUAAUAUACUAAGAUUAAAGAUCAGGUUUAAAGAAAUUGAAGAUAUAUAUUACAAUAUUAUAUUAAAGUUAAAGAUUGGGAUUAAAAAAGUUGAAAAGAAAUUGCUGGACAAACAAUUUGGAUUGGAAUACAAAAGAGGGAGGUAUGAGGAAGUCCAGAAAAUAAGUAAACUAAAAAAAAAACGGAAAUGGAAAAGAGAUAUUGUUUUUAAUUGUUAUGGGUUUUUUUUUUGUUUUUUAUUGUUGAAUUGUGUUCUUUUUUGUGUGUUCUUGGUAUCUUUUUUUUCUUCUUUUUUUGAGAUAUGUAUUGUGUAUGUUUUUCUUUUUUUUCUUUGUUGUUUAAAACUUAAAUAAAAAUUAUUUACAAAAAAAAAAAAAAAGGAAACCCUCAUUCGCAUUGGUGGGGUCUGGUGUGUCACUUCCCCUCCCAGAAGUUCCCUGCCAUCGAUGGUUGUCACCUGCAAGGGGAAAUCUAGAGGCAACAGGUGGAGUUGGUGCUCCAGAGCCGAAGUCCCUGCUGAAGAAAUUACACGAGCUGCCCGAAUCCAGCAGUCCCUUAACUGUGACAGGGUGCCCAUUCGGGAGUUCUAGCACCACUUCUAUGGCUAUAGCUGCCUUGGGGGGGUCAGGCUGGGGCACUUCUAUUGGUUGCUGGCCUGGCUGCUGCCCCUGCUGGUUGGCAGCCAGGCGUUGGUGUUUCCCUGCGCCUGCCCUUCCUCCCCCUUCUCGUCAUGGCCUGCAGCCCCCACCAUCCCUUGCCAGGCCUUUUGUUGAGGGCAGACCUUAGCAAAACGUCCUGGUCGUUGACAGAGGAAACACUUCUUGGUAGUUUUCCAGUCCUUUCCCUCCCUUUUACAACCUUCACCGGAGUUUGAAACCUCUCGCGCGCGCGCGCCAUCAAUUUCCAUUGGCUCCGCCGCCUGGGAAGGCUCCCUCGGUAUCUCUGGAAUGCGGUAGUCAUGGAAACGCUCCUCUCUCCUUUCCCGCUUCUCCUGCGCCUGCACUUCUUGGCGUACACCUAUCGCGAGCACAGCCUUUGUGAGCUCGUCCAUCGACCGUGGGCGGGGCGCUCGGGACAACUCGUCUUUCACUUCAGGGGACAGACCCGCCUCAAACAACAUUUGUAUUGGUUCAGAGUCCAGAUCCCACCCGAGCCGGUGGACUAACAUCGCAAAACGCGACCAGUAGUUUCUGACGGACUGGCUCCCCUGCUUGCACCCCAUCAGUUCCCACCGUGUCACGCUUUGCUCCACCUCGCUGGAGAACAUCGCGUCCAUUCCUGAAAGAAUUUCUUAAGGUCCUUCAAGGCAUCAUUUUGCGUCACCAUUAGGGGCCUGAUCCAUUCGCGCGCCCCAUCCUGCAGAUGCCCCACAAUGUAAGGCACCCUCUCCCCAUCAUCAGCAAAGUCAUCUUUCUGCAGCUCCAAAUAAUAAUAAUAAUAAUAAAUUUUAUUUAUAUCCCGCCCUCCCCAGCCAAAGCCAGGCUCAGGGCGGCUAACAACAAACAAAUAAUCAAACAAUCAAAUAAUCCAACAUUCUAAAACAUUUCAUUAUAAAAAUUAAUUAAAAUCAAAUUAAUGGCAACCGUUAAGCAAAGUUCUGUGCAGGUUGCCGGAGGUGGGAGUCAGGCUGGGCCCUGACCAAAGGCCUGGUGGAACAACUCUGUCUUGCAGGCCUUGCGGAAAGAUGUCAGGUCCCGCAGGGCCCUAGUCUCUUGUGACAGAGCGUUCCACCAGAUUGGAGCCGCAGCCGAGAAAGCCCUGGCUCUAGUUGAGGCCAGCCUAACCUCUCUGAGGCCUGGGACCUUCAGGAUGUUUUUAUUUGCAGACCGUAGGUUCCUCUGUGGGGCAUACCAGGAGAGGCGGUCCCGUAGGUACGAGGGUCCUAGGCCGUAUAGGGCUUUAAAGGUUAAAACCAGCACCUUAAACCUGAUCCUGUACUCCACCGGGAGCCAGUGCAGCUGGUAUAGUACCGGAUGAAUGUGAUCUCGCAGCGAAGACCCCAUAAGGAGUCUCGCCGCGGCAUUCUGCACCCGCUGGAGUUUCUGGGUCAGUCUCAAGGGCAGCCCCACGUAGAGCGAGUUACAAUAAUCCAGUCUGGAGGUGACCGUCGCGUGGAUCACAGUGGCUAGGUCAGGGCGAGAGAGAUAAGGGGCCAACUGCUUAGCUUGGCGGAGAUGAAAAAUGCCGCCUUUGUUAUAGCUGUAAUCUGCGCCUCCAUAGAGAGGGAGGUAUCGAAGAUUACACCCAAACUCUUAACGGACGGUGCUGGCACUAAUUGCACCCCCGCAAGAGAUGGGAGUUGCCCCCAAUCCCAUAUCGUCCCGUCCCAGCCAGAGGACCUCUGUCUUCGAAGGAUUUAACUUCAACCGGCUUCCGCGUAACCAUCCAGCCACAGCUUCCAAACAUCUGGUCAGUGUGUCUGGGGCCGAGUCAGGAUGGCCAUCCAUCAACAGAUAGAGUUGGGUGUCAUCGGCAUACUGAUGGCAACCCAGCCCAAAACUCCGGACAAGCUGGGCGAGGGGCGCAUAAAGAUGUUAAAAGCAUCGGGGAGAGUAUCGCACCCUGAGGCACUCCACACACCAAGGAGUGGCGGGAUGACAAUUCCCCCAAGCGCCACCCUCUGUCCCCGACCGGAGAGAAACGAGCGCAGCCAUUGAAGGACUGUGCCCUGGAUCCCCACGUCGGCAAGGCGGUGGUCCAGGAGUUCGUGAUCAACCAUGUCGAAGGCUGCUGACAGGUCUAGAAGAAUCAGCAGCCCCGACCCGCCUCGAUCCAGCUGCCUGCGGAGAUCAUCUGUUAGGGCGACCAGAGCCGUCUCGGUCCCAUGACCAGCGCGGAAGCCAGACUGGAAUGGAUCCAGAGCCGAUGUUUCAUCCAGAAACCUACCAAGCUGUUCAGCAACCGCUCUCUCAAUCACCUUACCCAGGAAUGGAAGAUUCGAAACCGGGCGGUAAUUGGAUAGAUCUAAGGGAUCUAAUGAUGUUUUCUUUAAGAGCGGGCGCACCACUGCCUCCUUCAAUUCCCCUGGAAAUAUCCCGGUGCCAAGGGACAAAUUGAUGAUAUCCCCAGGGGCCCGCACCUCGUCUGGACACGCUCUAAUCAGCCAAGACGGGCACGGGUCAAGAGGACAGGUGGUGGGCUUUCCAGCUCGGAGGAGUCUGUCCACAUCGGCUGGGGAUAUCCGAUCAAAGUGGUCCAAUACUGGACCCGAGGACAGUCGAGGGGCCUCCAGUUCCUUUAUUGUAUCCAAAUUGGCAGGGAGGUCAUGGCGGAGCAACAGGACCUUCUCCGCAAAAAGCUCGCAAAUGCCUCACAGCUGUGUGUCAGAUUGUUAUUUAAAUUUGGCUGUCCUUCAAGGGACGUUAAAGACCUAAUUAUACUAAAUAAUUGCGCCGGGCGAGAGCUAGCGGAUGCAAUGGAGGCCGAGAAGUAAGACUUCUUAGCGGCCUUCACCGCCAUCUCAUAGGUUUUCAUAAAAACCCUAUAAGAUGUUCUUGAGGCUCCGUCACGGGCACCCCGCCAUACUCGCUCUAGCCGUCUGAGGUCCCGCUUCAUUUUCCGAAGCUCCUCGGUAAACCAGGGAGCCCGGUUUCUGCGGAGUCGCAGAGGGCGCUUAGGUGCGAUCUCAUCUAUGGCUGCCAGGAGCUGGGUAUUCCAGCCCUCAACAAGCUCAGUCAAUGAGUCGCCAGGGGGAGCAAGGUCCCGCAAGGCUUGACGGAAUCUAUCAGGGUCCAUCAGCCUCUGCGGGCGAGCCCAAAUCGGCUCGCCACCUAAGCAGGGUGGGGGUGGAAAGUCAAUCCUGGCUUUCAGAGCGUAGUGAUCAGACCAUGGCACCUUAAUUGAAGGAGACAUGAUCACAUCUAUACCUACGCCAAAGAUCAAAUCCAGCGUGUGGCCUGCUUGAUGUGUGGGGCCUGAAACAAACUGGGAGAGCCCUAGUGUUGCCAUGGAAGACACCAGGUCCAGAGCCUGUGAGGAGGGAGUGGCAUCAGCAUGGAUGUUGAAGUCCCCCAAUACCAAUAGGUUAGGGAACUCCAAGGCCCAGCCGGCCACCGCCUCCAGUAGGCCUGACAGGGUGGCUGCUGGUGCGCUAGGUGGCCGGUACACCAGCCAGACAGCCAAGCUCACCUCAGAGCCCCACACUAGGCCAACACAUUCAAUGCCGGGGAUCGAUGGCGAUGGUAGAGCCCUGAAAGGACAAUCUUCCCGGAUUAAUAAUGCCACCCCUCCCCCGGCCCACAGUCCGUGACUGGUGGAGGACGGAGAAACCCGGGGCGCCAUCUCUCGUAAGGUAACUGUUGCCCCUUCGCGUACCCAGGUCUCCGUCACACAAGCCAGGUCAACCCCCUGCGAGGUAAAGAAAUCUCGCAGAGUGGCGGUUUUGUUGCCUAUAGACCUGGCAUUGCACAACACCAGUGACGGAGGUGAGUAAUCCUUGCUCACCCUACCCUCGUCCCUCGGGAUGGGGCGCAGAUUGGAAGGGGUACGAGCAUAUCCGUAUCUCGAUCCCCUUCGCCUAUAACAUCUGCCCCCACCACCAUACCUCCCUCGCCCUCCACGGUAGCAAUCCCAAGCCUCAUACAAGCCUCCAUUUACAAAAUAGAAAACCAAACCAAACUGAAAACAAUUCUACCUAAGCAAAACCAAUCCCCACCCCAAACCACAAUAAAACAGAACAAAAUAAAAAUACAUAGAUAAAAACCACUGUUCACGGUGGUACAAUAAAGUAAAAAGUAAAAACACCUUUAAAAUACUUUAAAAUAUAUAAAAACAUUUUUAACAAUUGCUGCGGCAGCACCAGUGUCCUUAAAACUGUAGCGGAGGUGAGUCUGGGCCCCGCCCCCUAGGCCAGGUGGAAUCAGCCUGAAGAGGGAGCGGCCUUCCCCAACACUCACGGUGCAGCAGCAGCGAUGUCCCAAUGCCUCAGUGAGGCUUCUUAAAGCUGUGGCGAAGGUGAGUCUGGGCCCCGCCCCUAGGCCUGGUGGAAUCAGCCUGAAGAGGGAGCGGCCUUCCCCAACACUCACGGUGCAGCAGCAGCGAUGUCCCAAUGCCUCAGUGAGGCUUCUUAAAGCUGUGGCGAAGGUGAGACUCGGCCCCGCACCCAAGGCCGGGCGGAAUCAGCCGGAAGAGGAGCGGCCUUCCCCAACACUCACGGUGCAGCAGCAGCGAUGUCCCAAUGCCUCAGUGAGGCUUCUUAAAGCUGUGGCGAAGGUGAGUCUGGGCCCCGCCCCUAGGCCUGGUGGAAUCAGCCUGAAGAGGGAGCGGCCUUCCCCAACACUCACGGUGCAGCAGCAGCGAUGUCCCAAUGCCUCAGUGAGGCCUCUUAAAGCUGUGGCGAAGGUGAGUCUGGGCCCCGCCCCCUAGGCCUGGUGGAAUCAGCCUGAAGAGGGAGCGGCCUUCCCCAACACUCACGGUGCAGCAGCAGUGAUGUCCCAAUGCCUCAGUGAGGCCUCUUAAAGCUGUGGCGAAGGUGAGUCUGGGCCCCGCCCCCUAGGCCUGGUGGAAUCAGCCUGAAGAGGGAGCGGCCUUCCCCAACACUCACGGUGCAGCAGCAGCGUACUGAGUACUGCACUUCCGUUCGGAAGGCAUUGUAGUCUUGGGGCUUUCCACCAAACUUGUGUACCAGCCCCGGUACCUUCCUUGUGAUGGGGGUGGUUCUGACCCGUGCAUCCUGAGCCCGUCUUUCCUCCAGCCGCACCGUUAGGAUAGCUACAUGCGUCUCCAAGUCUCGGUUCCUCUCAACCAGACUCCGCAUCGCAGCUGGUUGCUCCGUCUCUCCAGCUGUUCCUGUUUGGCUCAUCGUGAUGCCUCUCCUGGGCUGCGCACAAGCAACGUCAGUGACUGACGGAUUGCUGUAAUGGUUCUAGGGGUUGCUCGUGUGUAAAUCGGCGCCACACCUGGCUGGGUUGCCUGAGUGAACCCUUUCUGUCUGGACAGCCGCUCGCCCGUGGCUGUCUCAAUCGCUGGCAGAAUCCAUCAGUGGGCGUUUCUUGAACUUCUUCCAGCAAAGAAGUUCUUUGACGCCUAGUCUCCUCCUACUCUCCCUGCGCGGAAGCCUUCUGCGCAGGGAGGGUGUGGGCAGCGGAGGACCCGUGCUCUCCCCGCUGGUCCCCGGCGAGGAGUCAUGGAGCCACCUCGCCGAUUCCCCCAUCUGCCCCCCUUCUCCACUGGUGCUACGCUGAUUUCCUUCCCCAGAAGAUGUGCUGCUUCUCUCCCUCCCGGGACGCUCUCCGGAAUCCCUCUGGAGCCCUCCCUCUCCCCCUGGCUCCGAUGGCAGUUCCCUGACAGUCCUCAAGUAAAAUAUACCCUUCUGUAUCCAAACCUUUUAAAGUAAAAACUGAUCUUUAGUCCAGGUCUGAUGGUCCCUAGUCAGCUGACGUUUCGUGUGAUGCAACAAUCACGUAUGCCUGACUGCAGCUUCCUGGUGGGGAACACAUACUGCAAUCCUUCCCCAUAAGAUAGCAUCAGGAGCCCAGGGAGGUCUAGGACUAUGAAACAACCAUGUGAGUAGCACAUAUGGGCCUGGCUGAAGCUUCCUGGUGGUGAACAAGUAAUCCUUACAUGUAAGAGGGUCGCUGAAGUCUGGGGACACUCUGUACUGCAUCCGGCUGGUUCCUCAGCUUCAGCCCAUUUGGAUUUGUCCAAACAAGCAGUAUAUUAUGCACCUAAAAAGCUCCUUGUACCUUUUGAGACUACCAGGGACAGGUGCCCUGAGGAACAAAGAAGGUGCCUCUGAACCUUAUAUAAUGAAAGUCUUGUUAAGUGAAAGGAAUACACUUCCUUCCCAUGUAAGAUAGAACCAUUUGGAAGCUGAACUCUAGGACAUUCAGAAUCUCGAGUUGGGUCAGUCCAAGCUCCUGCCAACCUAGCAGUUUGAAAGCUCACCAAUGCAAGCAGAUAAAUAGGUACCGCUGUGGCAGAAAGGUACAGUGGUACCUCGGGUUAAGAACUUAUUUCUUUCUGGAGGUCCGUUCUUAACCUGAAACUGUUCUUAACCUGAGGUACCACCGUAGCUAAUGGAGCCUCCCGCUGCCGUUGCGCUGCCGCCGCACAAUUUUUGUUCUCAUCCUGAAGCAAACUUCUUAACCCAAGGUACUAUUUCUGGGAUAGUCUGUAACCUGAAGCAUCUGUAACAUAGGUACCACUGUACAUGGUGUUUCCGUGUGCUCUGGCUUUUGUCAUGUUGUUCUGCUGCUCCAGAAGCGGUUUAAUCAUGCUGGCCACAUGACCCAGAAAACUGUUUGUGGACAAACACCGGCUCCCUUGGCCUGAAAGUGAGAUGAGUGCCUCAACCACAAAGUUGUCUUUGACUGGACUUAACCGUCCAGGGGUCUUUUACCUUUUACCUUUUUACAGGGGUAUCACAAGCACUUGUCCCUCGCAAGCAUUUAGGAUUGUUAAAAUUAAAAGCUGUAUGUUCUGGGCCUCAGAGCCCAAUCAGCUUCUGAACUUGCCUGCCCUGGUGCACCAUGCUCCUCUUUUGGUUUGCGUGGCUCAGUCAACCAGGAAAUGUGGAGCUGGGCAGAGAACUCAUUCAAAGGAACAGGCAUGCCUCCACAAAAGAUAGCAUCAGAGGACCACUGAGGUAUGGAACAUUCUGUAGAGCAUCCAGCUGAACCCACAUCCCAUUAGGAUCUGUUAAACAAUCAGGACAUAAUGCACUUAACGGCUCAAGGAACCACCACCCACAUCUCUGCUGCUCUUCACAGCCACCCCAGAGUCCUCUUGUACCUUUAAGCCCACUAGAAUGGGUUGAGCAGCCAAGAAGGCCCCUCUCGGCCUUAUAUAAUGACAGUAUUGAGCCUCAGACAGAGAGACGUGUUGCUCAACAGAGAAAGAGCUGCACCUUCUACGUACUGCCAGGAAGUCUUAGCUGCUGUCUCCCAGCAAUCACUCUUCAAAACAGUCUUUCUAAUCAGACAGAGCUUUUUCCCUGCUAACAUGAAGCCACGCUUGGCUCAGGACUGGCUGCUUGGAGUCUGUCUUUUGCUCUGCCUCAGCUGUGGAGGUAAGUCCCACCUGCCAAUGGAAAAACAUGGUAGGCCACCAAUUCAAAAGUGCUGUAUGUCCACCACCUAUCUUCCUAAGAACUGGCGAACCCGUAAGCUAUUUUCUUUCUCUUUUUAGCUCUGGCACCUAUUUGGGGAUAAUCAUUGAAAGUCUAACUUUGGAAAUAAUGCAGACCUGGAGAAAGGUUUAGAUACUAUUAAGUUCCAGAUCUAUACAGGCAUCAACACCCACCGUGCUUGGGUCAGGGUGUUGGCAGAGAUGAUUUCCACAGAUCCCACUAUGUCUCCUGUCCUUGUAAUCCCUGCACGGUCCCAACUUCAGAAAGUUUUUCAGGGGAAUGAUGCUCUAUUGCACAGGGCAGGGGGGGCUUAUUUUAACUUUAUUUAUUUACUUAUUAAAACAUUUGAUUUUUUAAAACAUGGUAAUUUGCCAUAGUCAUAAGUACAGCCUUUCCCCUCCUCAAGCAGUUCACCAACUAGUUUUGAAAAAAAUUUUAAUUGUCUGCAUAAACCUGGCAGCUUACAAUGGGAGCUGCAGACAGUGCUCCUCCUAUCAUAGCUGCAGUGACACACACACACACACACACACACACACACACACACACCGGUUGGUGCAAACUCUCUGGUGUUCACAUCUGUUGAUGUUGCCUAUCUGGCUGUUGUAGGGUUGCCAUACGUCGGAAGCAGUGUCCCAGCAGAAAUCACUAAAAAUGUCAGUGGAAAUCCAGACAUAUGGCAACCCAUGUCAACAUUAUCAUAUUGGGAAAUUUCCCUUAAAAAUAGCUCAAAAACCUCUUUAUUCUUUUCUCUCUUUUUGCAAUUAUGUCCCAAAAAUCAACAACCCUGGCUAAGAAGGAGAAGAAGAAUAAAAGCUCUACAACUUUGGUGUCUAGAUUUUUACUUUUUGAAAUAUGGCAACUCUAAGCUGCUGCUUGGCACCUGCCACUCUCAGGAGGCUCACUAGAGGACCCUUUCUGCAAAGUCUCUACAAUGCUGGAUCUGGCUGACCCUCAGAUGCCUGUUAUGGGGAUGUGGCAGAGGGGAGGGUCCUCCUGGUUGUAGGCACAGCCAAUCACUUUCUACGAAACUCUGUGGGGUUCAAUUUACACCUUCUGUAAGAACCACCAAUGUCCUUUUUAGACUCAGGGCAUCUCAGCAUUUUUCUUCUUUGAAGGAAACAACGAGUUUGGUGACUUAGAAGCUCAGGAAGGGACAAGACAUGUAAACAAAGAAGCAUGCCUUACAGCAGGUACCUUCCUCCCUCCCUUCCUCCCUCCCUCCCUUCCUCCCUCCCUCCCUUCCUUUCUUCUUUUAACAGCAAAUGCCUUAAUCUGUAGCCUGUGCAGUUCAGAGGCUGAAGGACAGCCAUGUGUACCAGCUGCCCCAUAUGAAGAGAAAUGUGCUGAUGAUCCACGUACAGGACACCCUGCAGCCUGCGUCUUGUACAGAAUCACUUCAAGUGAGUGGUCCUUCUUGUCUUUCUCUCCCCGUCCCCCUUAUUUUCAUUGCUUUUCCAUGAGUGGCUGAUGGGGCAUGGCUAGUAUGACUGGGUGCAGAGGAGGCCGGGAUCUUGCAACUUCAGUAGUACAAGUAGUACAAUGGAAGCUUAGUACUUAGAGAGGUCCUUCCCUGGUUGUUCAAGCACCUCGUUCCAAUGGAGCUCUAAGCUAUCCUAAUGCAGCCUCCAUACGAAACCUGAUUGCAAGCCUUCAGUCACAUGACGGUACAUAUCCCCCUGGAAAUUCUUUGAAGCAACAAUACCUGCAGGCAGUGAGAGAAGCAUGAAUUUUCUAAGUUCACUUAUAAUUCUCCAGUCAAACUCUAGCAUGCCAAGGUACAGAUGGGAUCCUGGAUAAGUCCAUGUGAUGCAGCCCACCUGGCUAAGGUAUCUCAAGUAAGGGGCCAGGUUGGGCCCUCUGGCCAAUGGCGUCCCAAUUGCAGUGCUUCACCUAAUGCCAGGGAAGAGUUUCCAUUCAUUCUUGAGGAUAAGCAGGGGUGCUGGGUGCUAUACCUGGCAACAGUGGUAGCAAAAACCUGCCCUUCAGCACAGACCCCCGUUUCCCCAGCUGUCACUGAUGGGGACCUAGCAAGGGGUGGAUCCUGACAUUAUCACCAAGCUUCUUUCACCAGUUACUAACAGUAACCCAGAUACUUUUCUUUCUCUUCCCAGUGGUAACUAAAAAUGUCUUGCGCUACUACAAAAAAUGCGGCUUCUAUACCAGCGACUGCAAAACUCGAAAAGUCUACAAUGACGUACAGCAAGUGCACGAGCUCCACUGCUGUAACAACAGAGACCACUGCCUUUGAACGCCGUCUAAGGAGGAUGAUGUAUUAAAAGAACUCCUAUGUGAACAAA